GCGCAGUUGUUUUUAUUGUUGUUGCCAUUGAUAAAUAUUUUAAAAGCGAUUUGCAGCCAAUCCCAUGUAUAAAUAAUAAAUAAAAACCUCAAUUCGAAGGUCUAUGAUGUCAUUACGUAAAAUAAUACAAAGUCGACAUAAGCCAUGGAAAAACAAUCGAAAGUAAAGUCGCGGAAAAAAUUGAUUAACCCUGUAUUUCAUUUGCAAACAAAAGAAGAUGAUGACGGAUACAUAACCAAAGAUGUUAUUAAAAGUGUGAGAAAAACUGGGCAGUUAAAUUUGUCUGGCAGGCAUCUAGCAAUAGUACCCCCAAAGGUAUUUAAAAUUUACGAUGCGGAAGAUGAGAAAGACGUCACAAUAGAUUUUAGUAGAUCCCCAAGGGAUGAUGAUGCCUGGUGGAAUAUAAACCCCUUGACAAACCUCGAUUUAGGUUCAAACAUUUUAACAAAAUUACCAGAUGAAAUAGGUGUUUUCUCGGACCUAUUAACCCUAAAUUUACAAGAUAAUAAUUUAACCGGUCUACCAAAAACCAUAGCCAACUUUAAAAAAUUAAUCAAACUUAACCUAAACCGUAACAUACUUAACCAAAUUCCAGUGGAAUUGUGUACUCUAACCGAAUUAAAACAGUUCUCUAUUAGCCACAACCAAUUGGAAUGUGUCCCGACCGAAUUUUCUAAUCUAAUAAUGUUAGAGAAAUUGGAUCUGUCUAACAACUCUGUAUCUAAUUUACCGCCGGGUUUAGGUUUUUUAAUCCGUCUGAAUGAAAUUAACCUUUCCAACAAUAAGUUGAGGGAAAUUCCGCCUGAUUUAGUAAAUUUAAGGGAUUUAUUAAAGUUAGAUUUGCGAAAUAACAACAUACAAUAUCUCCCAAAUAUGGGGGAGAUGAGAAAAUUACAAAUUUUGUAUGCUUCUCAUAAUGACAUUGAAAAAAUCCCGGAUUUUCAAGGAUGCCAGCAAUUGCAGGAACUUUAUUUCGGGAAUAACUUCAUAAAGGAAGUUCCGGAGGAUUUUUGCGAACACCUGCUCCACCUAAAAACGCUGGAACUUCGCGACAACCAAAUCGCGAAAAUUCCCGACAAUUUUUGCCUCCCCCACCUGAACAAACUGGAUCUGACCAACAACGAGCUCGCAAGCGUGCCAAGUUGCUUGGCGCAGUUGCCGCAUCUGCAGACAAUAAAGUUGGAGGGGAACAAGAUGAAAUUGAUGCGGUCCGAUGUUAUUAGAGGGGGGACCACCAGGAUUUUGCGGCAUUUGAGGGAAAUGGGGCGGGAGGGUAAGGAGAACGAGAUUUCUCCAAAGGUUACUUUGGAGGAAGAUAAGUUUCCUGACAGAUAUACCAUGAAAAACGGUAAAAUGUUAAAUUUGGCGAUGAAAAAGAUUUCCUAUAUACCGGAUAAAUGCUUUUCUGAAGCUAAAGAAGCCAAUGUUGACAUUGUUGAUAUUUGCAAAAAUAUUUUUACGGAAGUCCCUAUGGGUUUAAAAUCAAUUGCAAACAACAUAUUGGAACUAAAUUUGUCGCAAAAUCAUUUAAAAACCAUCCCAGAAUGGUUCAACGAGUUUACAAAACUAAAAUAUUGCAAUUUAUCGAACAAUUACAUCACUAACUUGCCUGAUUCCAUGAAAAACCUGACUUCUUUAAGAGAAUUGGUCAUUUCCAACAAUAGGUAACACUUUGCGCAUGCGCUGUAACUCAAACAACAUACGACGCCAUCUAUCGGUACUUUGUUUAGGUUUGUUUCCAUACCAACGUGCGUUUACGCGAUGGCAGGCCUUGAAAUCCUGUUGGCCAAUGACAACUCGCUAUCGCACAUCGAUGUGGAAGGCCUGAAAAAAUUGACGCGCUUGGCAACGUUGGAUUUGUCUAAUAACAACGUCGCGCAGGUGCCCCCGGAACUAGGCAACUUGACGCAAGUCAGAAGUCUUGAAUUACGGGGUAAUUCGUUCAGACAGCCCCGUUACGCCAUUUUGGAGCAAGGAACCGAUUCAGUAUUGUGUUAUUUAAGGGAUAGGAUUCCCAGAUAGGUUUGCUUUAUCUAUUUUAGUCUAGUCAUUUUUGUUGUUUUGUUUGUUUUAACUUUAGUGUGAAAUCUAGUCUAAUAUUUUGUUUAUCAGUAAUAAAGUUUUAAAUAAAAUCAGGUUUUUAUGUUUGUC